AUGUAAAUAAAUGAACCCAAAGCCAUUCUGUUUAAUAAACUGUAUGAAAGGGAUGUUUGCAUCAGAUGUAUAUUGAGACUGUUCAAAAUUACAGAGAUUAGCUUAUAUAGGGAUACUAAAGGAUUCAUUUAAUUACUAAUAGAUGUAGGAAAGUUGAUUGGGAAUGAGAAUGUAAAUAAUUAUUUAUAAUUUUAAAAAGAAAUUAGUAGAAGAGUAUGAUCUCUUAUUCUAUAAAAGAAAGGCCGAGAUUUUGGAUUCUGAUGUUUUGCCUUUGACUUGUCACUCUACAUUAAAGGAUUAAUUCAUUAAAAAUCCCUUUCACAUCUUUGAUAAGAUUAAUAAAUGUGUGAUAUGUUAAGGAAUAUUGUAAUGUUUGGAGGAUUAAAAAUUCUAAGCAAUAUUAAUGGAUGAGAUAUUAUAAAAACAAUAUUAAUAUGAAGCAUUUAAAUUGUAAGUGAAAACACCUAUUGGCUGCUAAAUCAGAUAAAUACUGAUAGUGAAUGAUUGCAUCACAGAGAUUGGUUAGAAAGAUCCAUUUUAUGAAUACAUCAGUACUCCUAAUAUUGCAACAGACAUUAAGGCUUGUGUGAAGUGGAUAAUGUGUACUCCAUUAAGUGAGUCACUAAAAGUACCAAGUGAUAUAAAUGAUGAUCGAUUUUAAAUUUGUUUAAAUUUUGAGAAUAUUGGAGAUGAUGUUAAGUAAUUUGAAUAAUUCAAAGACAUAAUCUAAGAAAUUGAUGAUCAAAUAUGGUAGGAGAAAAUGAUUAAGAAAGUAUAAUUAUAUUAUAACAAAGUUAAAAAUGAAUGAUCCUUAAUUGAAGGCAGAAACUGAAAAUCGAUUAUUGUAAAAGAAAAAUCAACAAUCUUAAAUUUUCUUGCCUACCCAAAAUAAUUUGGAGAAAAUAUCGAAAUUAAACAACACCUAAUUAUCCUAAUUUAAAAUAAUUAAUGUGAAUUAUCCAGUUAAGUUAGAAGUGACAACCAGUUAUUAGAAUAUUUUCAUCAAAGGAAAUUACAUCAAAUUAGGUAGGUACAUAAGCUAGACUCCAUGGUAUAUAGGUGGAAAUAGAAUUUAUGAAGAUUCUAUUGAAGAUUUAGUAAGUGCAGAAGCAUGUAAGAUAUUUAAGGCUUCAAGUGUAAAGUUUCAUUCUGGAGGCAGGGAAGAUAUCGAUGUAAGAAUGUUAGGGAAUGGUCGACCUUUCGCUAUUGAAUUGGUUGAUCCUCACCUUGGACUAUAGAAUUAGACCUAAGAAAUUCUUACUCAAAUAGAAUCUAAGAUCAAUUCAUAGAAUGUGGUAAAGGUUACUCCGUUGACUUUUACAGAUACCAACAUUUUUGGAGAAUUAAAGAAUUCUGAAAUAAACAAGGUUAAAGCUUAUUGUUGUGUGGUUGAGUGUAAAAAUAUCAUCAAUGGAGAUCUUGUCUAAUAAGCGAAUUAAAUAAAAGAUUUAGUCAUAAAACAGAAAACACCAAUCAGAGUUUUACAUAGAAGAACUUAAAUGGUGAGGGAUAAGAUAAUCCAUUCGUUAUUGAUCAAAUAGAUUAAUUAGAAAUGGCUUUAGGUUUAUGUACUUAGCAGUGCUGGUACUUACAUAAAGGAAUUUAUUCACUCAGAUCUAGAUAGAACUGUUCCAAAUUUAUGUUCAUUACUACAGAAUGAAUGCGAUAUUUAUUAAUUGGAUGUGAUCAAAUUAUAUGAUAAAAUUGAUGAGGAUGUUAUUAGUAAUUUUAAAAGUAUAGAUGAAGAAUGUGGAAGCAAAGUUUGAAUAUAAAUAAAAAUAUUUAGUUUUAAUUACUUUAAAUCUUUUAAUUUUUCAAUAACAUGAUAGAAUAACAGGAUUUUGCUUAAAUGGGCUUAAGUAUUUUCAUCAGAAAUCAUUUUGAGUUAAAAUAUAAACUGACUACAGAUUUUUGAUAAAAUAGUGCCAUUAAAUGAAAAUUAAGCUUUUAUUUAUUUUGAUGGGGAUGGUUAUAAUGUAUAUGAUAUUAUCUCAGAAUAAGUUGUUGGCAAAGGAUAAAUUACUCAGGAUGUAAAAUAUUUCUAUCAAAUAUACCCAUAGUAUUAUUUAUCAUUAUUAGUAGAACCUUAUGUUUCCUUGAUCCAGAAGAUGUGAAAGUUAAAUUGCUUGAUCUUAAGACUCUUUAACUUUGUAAAAUAUUUGUUUUUGCGCUAAAAUAUUGCUACAUAAAAAAGUGAUAAGUAAGCAAAAAAAGCAUUAGCCUAAAGUAAGUAAUUAAUAUAUUAAUAGAAUUUCUCAUGAUGGUAUUAGAAAGAAAGUAAAAAUAAUAGUAAUAAUGUUCGAUAUCUCAUUUCCCAAGAUUAAGAAAACCACUAUUCGAAAAUAGUGUCUGCCACUUUGCUAUUAGAAUCCUCCUCUCUAAACUACAGGGAUGAAAUUUAAUUUGAUCUCAACCCUGUUUUUGAAUAUCACUAUCCUAAUAUUACUAACAAUAUUGAUCUGUUUAAAUGGUAGGUUGAUAAAGAAACAUUAGUUAUUUAUGGAUAAGAUUAUAAAAUAGAAAUCUUAUUAAUUAAACCACAUCUAAUUGAAAAAGCAUUCUAUAUUAUUCAUGUUUAUGAAUAAAUUUUUGUUAUAUUAAUAAAUGUUACUAACUGAAUAGAUCCACAUUUAAUUGCUUUUUGGGUCAAUAAUAAUGAUGGAUCUAUGA